AAUUAGAUUUCAAGAAGAUUCUCAACAAUAUAUUAUAGAAUCUAAAGAAUCUCCAAGUGAUACUGCUAAUAAUUAUUUACAGAAAAAAAAUCCAAAUAAUACUACAAAAAUAUCUAGUAUAUAUAUAUUUUGCCUUAAUGUUAUGGAUAUAAAAAGAGAACAUAAAAGAAAAAAUUAA